CGCAUCUCAUGAUCUCUGGGGCGAGAUCCCGCUACCCAUAAAUAAAAUUUUCAAAAAGAAAAAACAACAACACCAAAGAUCAGGACCCAAAGUCAGAGAACAGCAGUGCCUUCUCUGGGACGCGGCUAUCUUCAUCAUGCAACACGACAUUUCAAAACUCAUGACCGGUCAGUGGUCAACCCGGAAAAAGGAAAAUGACGUAAAAGAAGCUACGAAGCUACCCCUCCUACUCUCACAGGCCAUGGAAGGCCGCCCGAUCACAUCGCAAAGUCACUUUCUGGCACUGCCUCCAGAAAUUCUGACUGAAAUAAUGGCCUUGAUCGCCAACGACAAAGCUGCUCUAUCUACUCUCGCUUUAGUAAACAGCGAUUGUAGACAGCUAGCUCGCUCUUAUCAAUUUGUCGAGGUUUGCUUUGAUUAUGGACCGCGAUCAAGAAGGCUUUUACAGCGGCUCGUGGACGAAGCACAAAUUAGAGCAGAUACUGUCAGCGGCACUCCAGCUCCUCUAUUUAUUGGCUCUUGUAUUCGUCAAGUCACAGUUCAACCUGAGCCACGGCACGUUGCUGCUGCGCACAAGGAUCUCUGGGCGGCCAGCUCGGGAGAUCCUAGCUGUAUUCUAUCACAGCAACAAAUGGAUGAGCUGCGCAACAACGCAGCAUAUAAGUACCUCAUCAAGUACCGCCGACCUAUCCUCAAGGUGCUGGCUGAGGCAAUGCCCCAUCUUGAUAGCCUCUCGUGGAAUGAUGAGAUGUGCCUCGACAUCGAGGCCAUGAGAACAUUGGCGCGUCUGCCCUUACAGAAUCUCGAGUUUUCGAAAGCCUAUGUCGGAGUACCAUUUUCUCUAGAAUCUCCGUUGGCCUCACACACCACAAAGUUGCAAUCACUUUCUCUGGGCAUCAGCUCGUGCAAAGAGGCCAUGCAUGCGGAAGGCAAGCCAAAGAAAUCUAAGAAACUAUCUUCACUCAUAUCACGCUUCCUUCAGCAUAACUGUGAAUCACUGGCGAGCCUCACAAUAAAAUCCUCCGGUAAAAAGGCUGAAAAAUUCCGAGGCCAUGAGACAAUGACGUUUCCUCGUCUUCGUUAUCUCGACCUUGCCUCUGGCACGAGUUAUCCCGACCUGGCAGCUUGGUCGUCGUUCUUGUCUGCACCACUGAGACACCUGUCACUGCCCCUCAAUGGUCUCAACACUUCCAAAGAAUACAUGUCCGAUUGCCCAACGUUUCAAGACCUUGAAACGCUGGUUGUGCCGUCUCUCUCUAUGGACGUGGAAUUCGCAAAACCGAUUGCGGAUUUUGUAUUGCGGCACUCUCAUGUCAGCAAACUCUCCGUCCAAAAGAGCACACCAUAUCUUCUGGAUCAACACAUUCUUCCAACCUUGGCCAGUGAACAAUGGUCAAACCUCACUUCCCUUUCAAUAUCAUGGCGAUAUCCAGUAAAUAUCACAUCUUCAGACACCCAGCAAGCCUAUACCCACAUUGCCGCAGAAUCGCUAGCCGCCAUCACUCGUAUCAAAACGUUAGAACAGCUUUGUCUCAGCGCAGGGGAGGCUAUUGGUGAGGCUGCUGGCUGGCGUCAGUUUUGGCUCCCCGACCAUGAUGACUUGCGGCUGCGACUCCAAGGCUUGGAUAAUCUCCAAAGGCUUGCCUUCUCAAAAGAUACAUAUAUGAUUCCGGACGAAAUACCAUUUCGGGAUAUCGAAAGCUAUUACGAUGACCGGUGGGUGACACAGGCAGAGUUCGAUGACGCUUUGUCACUCCCGCAUUUUGCUGAUUCGGCUGAUGUCGAUGAUGUCGACGACUACGGCUUUGAAAGAGAAGACUACGAAAUCAAUGUCCAUGUGGAUGUCGGUAAUUUUGCUCCUAACGACAUGGUCUGGGAGCGUGCUCAUCUUUACCGUAUGCUCAAGGAGGCAGAGCAAUAUGCAACGGUGUUGCCAAGUUUGAAAUGGGUCUUUUGUGGCCAGCGGCCAAUGACAGUCGAGGCAACAGAAGGAUCGGAAGAGAAAAUCUUCAAAGCUACGCCUCUGACUGACCAGAGAGAUCCUCUUGGGGAAAUCUUGGUACCAAUCUUUGAAAUGAAAGAAAGCAAGUGA